UUCUUUUAGCCAACCCGUUUUCUAUCGGAAAGCGAGGAAUGACGCGCGAUCCUUGCCUUUAAGGUUCAAGUGAGAGCGAGAGAGAGCAAAACCAACCGACCGACCGACGUGGUGCGCCUAUUCGUGGGGUUGGAACCCCGGGGCAGUGGCAGCAGGUGCAGCUAAGAGAGCAUUGGAUACAACCCUAAGGUGGCAUGGUAGAAGCAGGUCAACAAGAUUUUGCUGUUGCAAAGUUCUGCUGCUUCUUGAGGUAGAGCUGUGAAAAGAGCAAAAUGGACCUUGAUGUGCUGAACAUGUUUGUAAUAGCGGGAGGUACUCUGGCUAUCCCAAUCCUGGCAUUUGUGGCAUCCUUCCUCCUGUGGCCUUCAGCACUGAUCAAAAUAUACUACUGGUAUUGGCGUCGAGCACUGGGCAUGCAACUUAGAUAUGUGACCUAUGACAACUACCAGUUCUGCUAUUCCUACCGAGGGAGACCUGGCCACAGACCCUCAGUACUCAUGUUGCAUGGAUUCUCAGCCCACAAAGAUAUGUGGCUCGCUGUAGUCAAGUUCCUUCCAAAGAACUUACACUUGAUUUGUGUUGACAUGCCUGGCCACGAGGGUACCACUCGGUCAUCCUUAGAUGACUACUCAAUCUAUGGGCAAGUGAAAAGAAUACACCAGUUUGUGGAAUGUAUCAAUCUGAACAGAAAACCCUUUCACCUAGUUGGAACUUCAAUGGGUGGAAACGUUGCAGGAGUUUACACUGCUCAGUACCCAGCGGAGAUCUGUAGCUUAAGUCUUGUAUGCCCUGCAGGGCUACCACAUGCCACAGAAAGCACAUUUGUAAAGCAGCUGACAGAGCAGAAGGAGUCUGGGUGCAUCGACAGGAUUCUUUUAAUUCCAUCCACCCCUGACGAAAUGGCAGACAUGCUAAAGCUUUGCUCUUAUGUACGCUUUAAAGUGCCCCAGCAGAUCCUGCAGGGCCUCGUUGAUGUUCGCAUCCCACACAAUGACUUUUACCGAAAAUUAUUUUUAGAGAUUAUAGGUGAAAAGUCAAGAAACUCCCUUUAUGAAAACAUGAGCAAGAUCAAAGCCAGAACACAGAUCAUCUGGGGAAAACAAGAUCAGGUCCUGGAUGUUUCGGGAGCAGACAUUUUAGCAAAAUCGAUUCCCAACUGUCAAGUGCACAUUUUGGAGAACUGUGGACACACUGUACUUGUGGAACGACCCAGGAAAACUGCAAAACUCCUUCUGGAGUUUCUAAAUACAGUGCAGAAUGCAGAUAACAAUAAGAAACUGGCUUGAACUCUCACUGUCAAGUUGAACCCUUAAGCUAGAUGUUUUGGUUGUGAUGAAAUAACUACUGAUUUAAUAAAUUCUCAGGGAUCUUAUACAGAACUUGGUGACUGUGCCAAAAUCCCUGAAGAAAUCAGAAUAACUGAUAUAUUUAUUUGUAGGUACAUUUAUUUGGGAUACUGAGCAAACUUCUGAUAUGUGUGUUGAUAAAGUCCAAUGAAGUUUACAUUAUCUAGAUAUUUUUGGGAUUAGUAAAAGAGCCAUCAGAUUUAUGACUCUACUAAUUUUUUUCCAUCAGGCACUUUCCAUCUAUUUUUGAUAACAUUCUCCACUCCUUUUUAUCCAACGUGGGCUAGAUAAAAUACAUGUUAGCUCAAUAAAGGAGAGCCGCAGGCCUACCUUAUCUUGCCAGAAGUGUGCUCAUUUCACAGACUGUUUUUGAUAACAUUUCACUGGAUUACAAAUCUAGUAAAGUGAGAAAAAGUUGGGAGAGGGACAGAUCUUUUGGAUUCUUUCUGACUUCAGUGAAUUUCUUUGUAAGGUUCCUGAAUUAUCUGGAAAAUGUGCACCCUAUGUAUCCAUUGGCCUUUACCUUAGCAUAUAUGUGAUAUAAUUAUUUAUAUAAUAUAUAAACUAGAAUAUGACCUGAAAUCAGAAAGUUCUGUAUCAUGGAAUGUACUGGCCACUUGUAGAUUUAUGCAGCUAUGUUAUGCAGUGGCGUCACUAGGGUUGGUGUCACCCGGUGCGGUAACUCCUUGACGAGCCCCCAAAUGUCCUGCUGAGCAUGCACGCGCGUGCACACACACGCACACAAGGCCAGCCACCCAUGCCCCUGGGAGGGCGCGCAUCGGAGGGGCACCCAGCUGGAGAAGCAGGCCUGGGAAUGCCUGUGUGCCUCCCUCACCCUGCCGACACUGCUCCCAGUCUCACCCUCCCGCCUGCCUGCCUGCCUCCGAGGAGUUGGCUGCUCCGACGCUGACCCGGAGCACUUCUCGGCUCCUUUGCCGGGCAACGGCGCGGGUGCCCUGCCCCUCAACUUGGCAGCUCUAGGUGUCACCCCCCUCAUGGUGUCACCCGGCUGCGGUCCGCAUUCCCUGCACCCCGCUAGUGAUGCCACUGAUGUUAUGUGAUAUAGUGUAAUAUUUGGCUAAUUUGAAUGUAGAUGUCCAUGACAGUCAUUCUGAAAUAUAUAAGAAAUAUGGUAAGGAGCAAAACUUCAUAGACUGAGAGCUAAGGUAUGUUCCUGCCUCUUAGUAUAUAUGGCUUUGCAUGAUAAGCAGUUAAAAAGUUUCUGGCAAUCCAGAUGUUUUCUAAAGUCCUGUUUAUGUAGCUCAUUCAUUUAUGACUUCAGCAGAGAAGGAAGGCAACACAAAAUGUUAAUGGUACGUAAGUUUCAGAGACUUUGCAAUGUUUACACUGAUUUAUUAUGGAUGAGUUAUUGUAUCCCUUAACAGCUCUGUUUCUCACAUAUGUGCUGCCUUAAGAGUUAAUAACACUGAAAUAUUGAUGUCAUCUGGACUGACUUUAAUCAGGAAACAUUUUUAUGGUUGUGUUAUUCAAACAAUUUUGGAGUAACUAGUUUAGGGAUUCAAAGUUAAGGGGCAAUUCACUGGCUGUGUACUAAAACACAUGCAUGCACACACAUGCAGAGGUCAGUUCCUCUGAAAUCUGGAACUGUUCUUGAUUCAAGUGGUUAGCAUAUUCCCUGUAAAAAGUGAUCCUUCUGUACAAUUAAUAAACCAAGUAGAACCAUUUUGGAGCCAUUCUGGAGCCAUUUUUUUCCAUCUAGAUGGGAUUUUGCCCAAGCAAUAAUACUGUAUAUAGAUAGAUGCACAAGUGAUCAAAUUCAGGUUAAAGUUGGGACGAGCUGUUUUCUCAGCUCUUUUCUGAAUUAUUAAUUGUUCUGCUGAGUAUUUUGAUGUAAAUAAUUGAGUUUCUUAAUGAAUUCUGUGAAUUCUGUGAAUGGUAAUGUUUUGGGGUGGGAUAUAUACAUGUAACAAUAAAACAUAAUUAGGGUACUCUAAAGUGAAUUAUUUAUCAGAUGUGAUAAAGAUGGAAUGCAUCUUCAAGUUUAUUGGAAAAGAGUGUAGAAAAUAUGACCGUCUUUUUUCUAGAUAUUUGUACUCAUAUGCAGUUGUAACUCUUCACCUGAGUGAAAUUUCUGAAGCAAACUUGUUCCAUCUUGUUAUUUGUGGUGCUCCAUUUUUUAAAAAAAAGCAUAGUGAGAAGGUUUUCGAAAAUUUCCCAUCCCCAGAAACACACAGCAAAUAUUGUUGCCGAGUUUAGUAAUAAUAUAAAAUGGGAUGGGUAUUCAAGCUGUAGCUUAGUGGUGGAGAACCUGUGGUUCUCCGGACAUUGUUGGAUUCCAGUUUCCAUCAGCCUCAUCUGGCAUAGCCCAUGCCCAAGGAUGCUGGGAGAUGUAGUCCAGCAACAUCUGGAGGGCCAAGGUUCUCCCCUUCUGCUGUACCCCAUUGUACACUUAUCCUGGAGUAGCCCUAAUAAAUCAGUGGAUCCAUUCCAAAAUAUGCUGAUUGCAUUUUGCAAGUUCAAAAUAAUUUGUUGAGGCACUAAAAGUAUGCUUUGAUCCCCAGUGUUCUGCUUUUCUGUGGAGCCACUGAGUUCAGGGGACAAUGUAAUUUCUGUCCCAAUUAUAAGUACUCUAAGGAGUCUGUGUAUUUUCAGCUUGCAUUUAUGAUUGCCAUGGAACUAUCUUGCAGCAUCUUUUGAAAUGUGAUACACAGAGUCUCUAAGAUUGAGCCAUUUAGUCUAUCUCUUGUCCAAAUGGGGAAAGGACACUUUCCACCCUUUUUAUUCAAGUACAUCAGGAAAAAUGUAUGUUUUAUCUGAUAAUUGCUAGUUCAAUACUUCUGUUACUGGUGAAAAUAAAAACAAAAGGUGGUAUAAGGCAUCCUUUUGGAACAGACUAACUGGGAUUAAUGGACUUAAGUCACAAUUAAAGCUCAUGGAUUUCAUUCACUCAGCUCUGAGUAUGACUUGGUCAGAUGUCACUCAAAGAGACUGGUAACUUAAUGUGUUCAAAACCUAGAGUAAGGAGUUAGAUUUUAUUUUAUGGUUUUCAGAAGUCAAUGUAUUGUAUGUAAAAGGACUUAAUUAAAAAGUAAUUGAA